ACGGGACCCUUUUCAUAUACCAAUGGACACGAGUACAAUCUGCCCUAUACAGCAACAACACAGCUCGGAUAUAGAGCAGAAAGGACUAAUUCUAAUAUAUAUUCACGAUACAGAAACAACUUGGCCUGUCUGUGGGUCUGUUCAAAAUCGUCCCCCCUCCGCGUACAUGUUGGGGUGACCUGCUUUUCCUAAAGAAAACACCCUAGCGUGAAAGGGGGAACCGAUAUGCUGAGAGUGUGGGUGAUGGCCCAAGCAGGAAGAUGUAAUUACUGGAUGUACGGGCUUCGGUUAGUGAAGACCGCACUACUGAUAACAGUAGCAUCGCUGUCACUGUUGGUUGUGUCCCGCUAUCUGUGGUUCUACCCACAACUUCCGCCAAUAACGCCAGCAAAAUUCUUGGACUCGGGGUUCAAGGACAGAAGUUAUGCCCCCAAACCAACCCAAACUCCACAGCUUCACAACACUCCACAGUUCCUCAAGUUAUGGGCCAAAGAGAAAAGGAAGAAUGACACGGAGGUUGGGAUGAAAGAGAACAUACGUAUUCAGCAUGACCGCCUAAACGUACAGAAGAACCUCCCUAAAUUACGAAAACUAGAACAAAAUUCUUCACUUUACGUCGGGAAAAAGGACAGCGAAACCAAAUUAAUAGUAUGGCAUAUGAUCCCUAGCUACCGUAAGCACAGGCCUCCGAGGGUUAUAUCAUGUGGUGGGUACCAGUGUAUCACAAGCAGCAAUAAAACCAGACUCGCAGAAGCAGACGCAAUCCUUGUGGAUGCAUUCCUUCUAUCCAGGAACAGAGUCAAGGAAAAACCAGUCAGAACUAGCCAGAACCAGGUAUGGAUCUUCUUCGCGAAAGAACCAUGGGCGAACUAUGCGUCCCGAUUUCCCGGCGGCGACUGGGACACCGUCUUCAACUGGACAUUGACCUACCAGCGCAACUCGGACUUCGUUGCCUCGUAUGGAGACCUGGCUUUGAAGAAACCGAAGGACGUGGUCGCGUAUAACUGGGAUGACGUCAUGAAGAGGAAGACCCGCUCUGUGUUGUGGUUCGUGAGUAACUGUCACUCGGGGAGUCGGCGGGAGAAAUACGUGGAGGAACUCCAGAAGUACAUUCACGUGGAUAUCGUGGGAAAGUGUGGCAAGCCCAAAUGUAUGGAAGACAAUGGAGGAAACCAACUCAGUCGAUGUUAUGACCGGUAUAGGUUUUACCUAUCCUUCGAAAGUUUGUUUUGCCAAGACUAUGUGACAGAGAAAUUAUUUAAGACGUUUUCUUACAAUAUUGUGCCUAUUGUGAGAGGCAAAGCGAACUAUGCCGAAAUUUACCCCAAAAACUUGUUUCUCAACACAGCCGACUUCCGGUCGCCACGUGACCUGGCUAAGCAUCUAAAAUACUUGGAACAGAACCCAGCGAUAUACCUGGGGUACCUGAAGCGGCGCGCGCAGUACAGGGUGUGGGGGAGGGGUUUGGGGGAGUGCACUAUCUGCGCCAGGUUGCAUCAGUUGGACCGAUACCGGAAGUCGUAUCCAAGUAUAACAAACUGGUUUGAUACCUGCGAGACUCCACAAAAACCCUAUCUACAUUAAAUUAUAAACUAUACACAUGUAUGUCUCUAGAGACGGAACUUUUGAAAAACAGGUAUGGGUUAGGGGGAGUGCGUUUGUGUGUGUGUGCGUUUGUGUGUGUGCGUGCGCGCGUGCGUGCGCGCGUGCGUGCGUGCGUGCGUGCGUGCGUGUGUGGAGGGGAUGGGGGACAGUCCAAGUUAAGAUUAACAAGAGCACAUGAUUAACAAGAGCACAUGAUAGAAGGAACUGAGGCAGGUUGUGUCAUGAGGUGUCUGACAAAUGGAGCUUGCGGUUGGGGGCAGAGGGUCGUGAGGGGUGUGAGUUGAGGGUGAUUGGGUGUCUGCGUCGGAUGCACACUUUUCAAGUCACGUAGUUAGCCAGGCCACAAGGACGAUGGAGGCACAGACACAGUGUCUGUGCGACGUUUUUCAAUUAUUGUUCACGCAUGGGGAUAGGGGCUUGGGGGUGGUCAGUGUAGAAAGUGUAGACCAUAGACUCUACACACAAGACGAUAGACACUAGACUCUAGAGACCAGCUGGAAAGAUGCAGGAUCAUCUGCCAUGGUAAAACAAACUGAAGUGAAAGUAGAUAUAAAUGUUUCUACAUUUGCAAUAAAACCUGUCUUUCAGUAU